CCUCGGGAUCGCGCCGCGCGCCCCCGCGAAGCUCGUGUUGAGCCGAAGAGUCCAGGCAAAAGCAUCAAAACGCACCAGGACUAGGAGGAGAGCUUUUCCCCGGCCGGAAAAAAACCCACAAUAACAUGGAAGAAAUGCAUUAAAAUGAGAGCGCUGUGAGGAUAAUGAGAGACGGCACCGCUUCACAGGAAGGUCAUUCCCGAAAAACAUAAGCAGUGCGCAGACUAUACGGAUAUUUGGAGUAUACCCGACUGCAAGUGGAGAAGACCCCGAAACAGUGAAACAUUGUCCCGGCUUUUUAUUGUCGGAAAAGCAAGGCAUGGAGGGAUUUACAUCUCGACAAGGCAGCACGGGAUAGAAGAUCUGACGAGCGGAGAGAGGACAGUGAAUAAGGACCGCGCUGCGGAGAGGAGCUGCGUCACUGUGACUGUUUUCUCCUCGCCUGUACGCCGGCGGGCUCCAGUAACACAGCUGAUGACUGUCCCUCAGGUGGCUGGAUUGCAGGGCUGAGCGGGAAGCCUGUGUGUUUGCCGAGGGGGGUGCCCCGGCUUGUAUGUUGGUCACUUGCAGUCGCACUCGCUCACAAGGACCAUGUGGUUUUCUCCAAGGAGAAGUCGUGUCCCCUCGCAGAACUGGCACGCUGCCCACAGCUGCACCAAUUUCAGCGUGCCCUUGUGGGUGUUGAGUUUUUGUUGGUGCUUUGCGGCCAUGAGAGGUCAGAACUACCACCCCACUGUGAACACGCAGUACGGGAAACUCCGGGGGGUGCGGGUGCCCCUGCCUAGUGAGAUUCUGGGGCCGGUGGACCAGUACCUGGGGGUUCCAUACGCCGCCUCCCCAGUGGGAGAAAAGCGCUUCAUGCCCCCAGAGCCUCCUUCCUCCUGGUCAGGGAUCAAGAACGCCACUCACUUUGCUCCCGUCUGCCCCCAAAAUAUUCACAAUGCUGUGCCAGAGAUCAUGAUGCCUAUAUGGUUCACCUUCAACCUGGAUAUAGUUACCACAUACAUACAGGAUCAACACGAGGAUUGUCUUUAUCUAAACAUCUAUGUUCCAACUGAGGAUGUCAAAAGAAUAUCCAAGGAAUGUGCCAGGAAACCCAACAAGAAAAUGUGUAGAAAAGGAGGGGCCCAUGCAAAAAAACAGGGCGAGGAUUUAUCGGAUAACGACGGUGAUGAAGAUGAAGACAUACGAGAUACUGGGGCCAAGCCUGUGAUGGUCUACAUCCACGGAGGAUCCUACAUGGAGGGGACGGGCAACAUGAUCGAUGGGAGCGUCCUGGCCAGCUACGGAAAUGUCAUCGUUAUCACUCUCAACUACCGCGUCGGAGUCCUCGGCUUCCUCAGUACCGGUGACCAGGCUGCUAAAGGGAACUACGGGCUCCUGGACCAGAUCCAGGCUUUACGGUGGAUCAGCGAGAACAUCGGCUUCUUCGGAGGGGACUCAAACCGCAUCACUGUGUUCGGUUCUGGGAUCGGAGCUUCCUGCGUCAGUCUGCUCACCCUCUCCCACCACUCUGAAGGUCUGUUCCACAGAGCCAUCAUUCAGAGCGGGUCAGCCCUCUCCAGCUGGGCGGUGAACUACCAGCCGGUUAAGUAUACACGUCUCCUGGCGGAGAAGGUGGGCUGUAACGUCCUGGACACUUUAGACAUGGUGGACUGUCUGAGGAAGAAGAGCUCCAGGGAGCUGGUGGAGCAGGACAUACAACCAGCGAGGUACCACGUGGCCUUUGGACCUGUAAUCGAUGGGGAUGUUAUCCCCGAUGACCCCGAGAUCCUCAUGGAGCAGGGCGAGUUUCUCAACUACGACAUCAUGCUGGGGGUCAACCAGGGCGAGGGGCUGCGGUUCGUGGAGAACGUGGUGGAUUCGGAAGACGGCGUGUCCGGAAACGACUUUGACUUCUCUGUGUCAGACUUUGUGGACAGUCUGUACGGGUACCCGGAGGGCAAGGACACAUUGAGGGAGACCAUUAAGUUCAUGUACACAGACUGGGCAGACAGGGACAAUCCAGAGACCAGGCGCAAGACACUGGUGGCUCUGUUCACAGACCACCAGUGGGUGGAGCCAUCGGUGGUGACGGCUGAUCUCCACGCUCGCUACGGCUCACCCACCUACUUCUACGCCUUCUACCACCACUGCCAGAGCCUGAUGAAGCCAGCCUGGUCAGACGCCGCCCACGGGGACGAGGUGCCCUAUGUUUUUGGAAUUCCUAUGAUUGGCCCCACUGACCUUUUCCCCUGUAACUUCUCAAAGAACGAUGUCAUGCUCAGCGCUGUGGUCAUGACCUACUGGACCAACUUUGCCAAGACUGGGGAUCCCAACAAACCGGUUCCCCAAGACACCAAGUUCAUCCACACCAAGGCCAACCGCUUCGAAGAGGUGGCCUGGUCCAAGUAUAACCCCCAGGACCAGCUGUACCUGCAUAUCGGCCUGAAGCCACGAGUGCGCGACCACUACCGCGCCACCAAAGUGGCCUUCUGGAAACACCUAGUGCCCCACCUGUACAACCUCCACGACAUGUUCCACUACACCUCCACCACCACCAAAGUGCCCCCGCCAGAGACCACCCAGAACACCUUGUCCACCAAGAGGCCCAACGGGAAGACCUCCUGGCCGUUCAACACCAAGCGGCCUCCCAUGUCCCCGGCGUACAACAGCGAGGACAAAGACUCUUGGAGCGAAGAUGAGGAGCCGGGGCCACUGGUGGUGGAGAACCCGCGGGAUUACUCCACAGAGCUCAGUGUCACUAUCGCUGUGGGGGCCUCGCUGCUGUUCCUCAAUGUGCUAGCUUUCGCAGCCCUCUACUACCGCAAGGACAAGCGGAGGCAGGACUCUGGCCAUGGGCAGCCCAGCCCGCAACGCCAGACCACCUCCAACGACAUUGGCCACCAUGCGCCCGAGGAGGAGAUCAUGUCGCUGCAGAUGAACCAGACGCACCAUGAGUGCGAGGCGGGGAACAGCAACGAGGGGGCACUACGCUUGGCCUCGUUGCCUGAUUACACACUCACUCUGCGGCGCUCUCCGGACGACAUUCCCCUCAUGACCCCCAACACCAUCACCAUGAUCCCCAAUUCCCUGGUGGGCAUGCCCAACCUGCACCCCUACAACACCUUCACAACUGGCUUCAACUCCACCGGCCUGCCGCACUCCCACUCAACCACCCGCGUAUAGCUUUAAGGAGGCCAGGGGCAGCCGGCGCAGGCGGGGGAGGAGGAGGCGGCGGUGGCGUUGGUGGAGGAGGAGCGGGAGGAUGAACGAACGGAGGAGAGGAUUGUGUUUUAUAAAUAUCACAGGGAGGGGGAGGGCUGCGAGGGGGAGGGGAGGGGAAGGGCAUGAGUCGGAUUAAAACGUGAAGAGAUUUAACUAGACUUUUACUACGAGGAGAGUUGCUGAGAGCUCUCUGUGGAUGUCAAGUUGUGCAGAGCUGCCAAAAUCAAACUGCUUCCCUUCUCCCGAUCGGGGGAGGGGGUCUUUCUGCAGUGUUUUUUUCUAAAAUAAUCAUUUUAAAAGCCUUUUUAAGCAGACUGAGGAGAUAUCAACACUUAUCUUGAAUUCAUAACAAAAACAAAGAGAAGUGCUUUUUAUUUCCCAUCCCUUCCUCCUGCGGGAGACACAUCUCGAACAAUGGCCUCUACGUCAGUAUUCGCGAAAUGUUUUUAAUUGCUUCUUUGUUUUGUUUUACGUUUCAAUGCCUUACAAAGCUUGUUCUUUUUUUGUCAUUAUUUUUAUUCCCUGAGACUAUUCCACGUGGAGUGUGUUACAAGGCAAUGAGACUCAAAGAUGAGAGACUGAAUCCAGGAUGGGAACCUAGAGGAUAUGCAGAUGUAGAGAUUUUUAAAAACCCAUUUUGGGCAACUCAUUUUUUUUCUUUCUGUUGCAUACCAACACAACAGCCACACAAAUGGUGUUAUCUUUUUUUUUUUUCUUUUUUUUUUAUCGUAUAGAAAUGAUUUGUCUGGGACAGCUCUUGCCGGGAGACGAGAAAGGCAGAGAUAAAUACUAUGUUACUGUGAUUGUUUUGUUAAGAAAAAAAGUGCAUCUUUUACAGCCAAUUUAUCUGUUAAGCUAUCUGAUAUUAUCUCCACAAAGUGUGCACGUACACAUGCUGCUUAGAGCACCUGUGUGUUUGUGUGCAUGUGAAAACGAUUUCUCGUUCCCUGCGCGCAAGCGUGGUUAAGAGGCUGAGAUAAAGGAAGAGACACAUUGUCGCAACUUGCAAAAGCAAGAGUGGCAAGCGAGUGGGUCUGUAUGUGUGUGAUUGAGAGUGUGUGAGAGGAUGUGUGUGUGCGAGUGUGUGUGUGUGUGUGUGUGUGUGUGUGUGUGUGUGUGUGUGUCCGUGCACCUGUUUUUUUGUUUGUAGGUUGUAUAAUGUGUUUUUUUGGGGGGGGUGGGGGCUGAGUACUUUCUCAUGUUGUUGAUUUUGGUUCACCACCAGUAGUGUUUCUGCUGCGUCUCUGGGUGUCUGUCUUUGCGAAAUAGCACUUUUGUUAUUUUCAAAGUUAUAUAUGUCUAAUUUUGCUUAAAGAUUACAAAAUAAAUCUAUUAUUUUACGUGUAAGAGAAAAAAAAAUAGCUAAAGAUUCAACUGAACUAACUGACAUGAUUCCAUUGACUUUGUAAGAGUUCCUCUUCAAAAGCAGACAGUGGCCUGUUUGCACUGAAUAAACCUACAUCAGUGCACACUUGUAUUUCUUUGAAUAUAUAUAUAAAUAUGGGCAUACAUACAUAUAUGUAUAGGGCUUCUAUGGAGAUAUCGCUCCCACUUACAAAACAAUUUAAAACAAUGUUCAGACUGCAAAAGCACCAACACGAAUAAUUUCCAUGUAUUGUUGUUGUCAUUUGAAACAUCCUAAGCCAAGACUUCUCUAGGUGUCUUUGUAAGAGCUCUAUAUGUAUAUUUAUGUAUAAAAUAUUUAAUAUUUAUUUAUGUAUACCAGAUGCAUACAUGCUGAUUGUGCCAUGUGCCAAAUUAAAACUGUAAAAAAAUGAAGAAUAUAAAGUUUCACAAAACUUUUUUUCUCUCUUGAUCAAAGUUCUUUUCCUCCCUUUUAUGACUUUUUAUUAUUUCCAUUUUGAAUGAGUUAAAAAAGAAACAUUCUUGCAGCAAGUGCAAGUCUCCCCCCCAGGACUUCCUCUCUACCUCCCUCUUCCUCUCUCCUCCUCCUCCUCCCUCUCUCCUUUUCUCUCGCUGAAACCUUUGAGAAAAACAGGCUAACAGCUUGGGGCCUAUCUGCGUGCAUAACUCCAGAUUUUACUGUAAUUCAUGCAAAGUAGUGCUGCAGCAAUGGGAGAUUGUGAAAAGAUUGCCUUGAUGUACUCACAUUGCAUCCUAUUAUAUGUUAUUCUCGGGGAGAAAACUGGAGUUAUUGAUUCUGCGAGUAAAACUGACAAUUUUCAUUAAGUAUCUUGGCGUCGCACACAUUGUCUCCUGCACUAUACAGCCAAGCGCCGUGAUGCGACCUGACCAGUGAUCCUGGAUCAGUGUCGCAAUUCUUAGAUAGUUCAUGCACAUAUUUUUAUGAAGUAUUCCAUUACAACUUCCCCUGGUAUUUAAUGAUUGGAGACGCAGCAGAGCGAGAAGCACAGUCUGGUCAGCUCAUCACCGAUCCUGCCAGUAGCAGAAAGAGAGAAGGGGUUAUUUGAGGGAAAUUGCUCCGAGUCUGAUCUAUAUGAGUCAUCUUGUUUUUGCUCAUCCUGCCUUAUAUGGGGCUCACCUCCUAAUCAGCCACCGUCUUCAUCCGAGCUGCUGCCACUAAGAGAGAAAUGUGGAGCUGUCUCACACAUACAGAAACAUUUAAUAAUGUCUCUGUGCUUAUGUAAGGAGCAGGCUAUGCAAAUAGUCAAACGGUUUCAGUAGCAAUAAUAUCAGAGGCAGCUUGUUGUCUGGCAUGAGAUGAACAAACAUUAUGGCAUUAUGAUGAGCCAGAAAAUGUUUAAAAUGCUCCUGACUGCGAAAUGGAUGCGAACCUGUCUUAUUAGAGUGUGUCCUUAAAGAUUUGAGUCACCCAAAUUACUCUAAAACAUGUUUUUUUAUGUGGAAUCGAGCAAUGCAGAAAGGUUUGGUUUUUAUUUUGGAAGAUUUUUAGAAACUAGGCACUUUCUGCAGCCACCUUAACACAGUGAAAGGAGAUGGAGUUUCAUUUGUGGUGCUCACAGCAUUGAAAUAUGACAUUUAGAAACAUGUUACAUCUAUUUCCUGGAAAAAAAGGUCCUUUCUAAAACACAUUCCUCUAUGAGCAAGUUCAACUGGUUUUAGGGACUUUUUCUUUGGUAGAAAGUUUCAAUAAAAACUAUUCACAGCGAGGUCUGUGGAUUAUUCAGAGUCACAGGAACAGAUUCAGAGAAGACAGAUUGUUGAAUUCUUUAAAGAUACACUAUGUAGGAUUUUUCUAAAAACAAUGUAUAGACUCAGAAAUAAUCCCUCUAAAUCGUCACUUAUGACCCGAAGUGUUUGGUGUUGUAUUUAUCUGCAGUGUCUGCCAUCUGCCUGUAUUUUCGUCUUGUCUUGUUUUCUGUGUUUGGGACGUUUGUGGGCGUGUACCCCCACAGUGCUCAGGUGAGGUCAAGGUACCUAGGUACCGUAAGCAGCAGGCAUCUAAGGGACACAGCGCUGGAAAAAUUCAAAUAUAGCGAGGCGAAACGCCAAAUAAAAGUGAAUCUGAGACUCUUACUUUCACUGUUUUCACACAGUAGCCAACAAUUCUGCAUAGCAUACCUUUAAAGCUGUUAUUAAGUAAUAUAAGUAUGCUAGCAAUGGUUGAAAUGACUCAUCAUAUGUGUCAUAGGGGCAAACCUACCUCCGAUUCUGCAGUCCCUCUCAGUUCUUAAGAGCAUUUUAGCAUCUUUUAGCUCUUUGUUUUGGUGUACGGCCUCCAACUUCAACCUUUUUGGUUCCUUUCACUGCUCUCAGUGUCAUUUUGAGAUGCAGCAGACAGUUGGUUUAAGCAAAAAAAACCGCCACUAAUUCACUAUGCGCUACCUGUCCAACAGCAAACAGCAGACAGACAGAAUUAGCGAGCAGCUGGUGAGCAUAGUGCAGCAUUUAGCAGCUAAGAGACAGAUAUUUCCCUCAGGAGUUAGGGCAGAGCAAAGUAAAGCUAAAAUGAGAGGGAAAAUUGGACUUACAUUCAUCAGGUGGCCAGAAACACGACUGAAAAUGAAAGGUGCUUGUGGGGAUGUAAAUAAGCAACUGUUCACCAACAAGUUCACCUUAUCAAGUUAAGUUGAUGUCAGUGUUGUGUGGCCAAAAUCAGUCAGGUUUAAAUGUUUUUUUUAAUGCUGUUAGCACCACAAAUAUCUCAUGCAUCAUUCCAUUUAUUAUCUAUUCAUUAUUUAGUAGAAGCAAGGCCUUCAGAUGCGGCUGCUUAUUUUUUUAUUUUUAUUUUUUUCAAAAUAUAUUUUGCCUUUUAUUUAUUGUGUUUUGUUUUGUUUUUUUGUCUUUUGCUAUUUGGGUGACCCAUACCUUUAAGAGAGGAUAUGAAUCAAAUGAAAGUAGUCCCCUGGUCUGAUCCGUCUGCAGUGUUGGGAGGUCAGUUUCCAUUGGCUCCAACACACACACACGCAGUGGCACAGGGCUAAAAUUGAGUGGAGGAGUUGAGAGUGAAGUAUCAAAGGGAAGAAAUGUCAUGGGAGGGCAACUUGUUUUUUGCCAUGUAAUUUUCCCAUAUGCUGUUAAAGCAGAGCAGAUGUCACUGAGUAUUGGCAGGGGUAGACCUGGCAGCCUUGGGGACACGGUUUGGGAUACAUGGCCCUGUGAAGAGUCACAUAAUUAAGUGGCGGACCAAAGGGGAAGACCAUGGAAAGUGCAGUGGUGAGAGAAAACGGGGUCAGACUCCUUCAGCAAUCAGACACCUGAAGGCUGGAUGAAAAUUAGUCCAAACUUCCUAUGACGAGAAUCACCACCAGUAGAGAAAUGGGACAGUUACGAGCGAGACACUUUUCCACAGUCGAGAUUUGUUUGCAGUUCAGCGAGUGUGUUUCCAAAGUGACAUCAUUCAAGGAUUGGCUGGAAUACCCCGAUGGGGUUUGUGACUGCCUCGACAGCACGGAAGACAAACCCAGCCUAGGAAAUGGAUGUGCCAAAUUACACAGUGCCACCCGCUGGGAGAGAGCUGCAGGUGUGAGUGUGUGUGUGUGUGUGUGUGUGUGUGCAGAAAUUGAGGAUUUUAUUUCUACCGCAGUGAACGUGUUGUUACCUAUAUUUCCUCUCACCCUCUCCCUCACCCUCAUCUCUCUCUUCCUGUGUCUCAUUCGUCUUUGCUCUCUCCUUCCUCUUUCAUGCAGGGCUUUUUUUUUUUUCAUGCUGCCUCACACAAAAUGCAAUCUGAGCGGCUCUACCUCUGUCUCACACGGACACGACUUGCCCAUUUUCUCUCUCUUCUACUUUGUAAGUGCCAUAAUGGUGACUGCUCGUUCAUUUCCCAUCAUUUAAGGUGUAAUUUUCUUGAGUUACUAUGUUUCUCUGCUGACUAAGACGCUAAUUGACAUUACUUAUUGGGAAGCAGAGUAGAAACCAGUCACUGAAGCAAAACUCUUGUAGCUUAAAUUGAAAUGGCCUGUUUUUCUCCAAGGGGAAAUCAUUCUGCAUUCUGUCAAAACAUCAAUAAUCUAUUAUUUCCAUGUGAAAAACACACUCUUGACAAUUUUCUUUUGUACCCACAGAGCAUAGAGAAAUCACUGGCAUAUUUUCAGGUUUUCCCCAGCAAGGACCACCAUGCACUGGAGUUUUUUCUUUUUUUUUCAGGGUGGCAUCCAACCCAGAUAUUGUAACACAUUUUUCACUAGAAACUAGGACUGAAAUCAACAAAAACCAACGGUGUUUGAGCCCAAAUACAUCAUGAAAAAUCUCUGUCAUCUCAGUGUCAUUGUACAGAUUACUAAAGAUGCCCUGUUACUUCUAUGUUUAUGUCCAUAGAAUGUAUUUAUAAUCUCGCA